AUCUCUGGAUCCUGCAAUAUAAGAAUUUUUAGUUUUUCAUUGUAAAAUGAUAAUAGAACUAUUAAAAAAAAUUGUGAAAAUCAUAAAAGAUUAAUAAUCUCCAGAAGAUCAUUUUUGUGUAGGAAAAUUCCAUUACUUCAAGAUCAUCGAAAAAAAAAUUGGAAAACAUUUUCUUUAUAACACAGUAUGAUCGAGAUUUCUAACCUCAAAAACUUUACCUUCAUUUUCUUUCGAAAGAAUAGAUUUUUCAAAGUUUUCUUUCGACGAUCUUGAAGUAAUAAAACCUCCCUACACACCGAUGCAGAAUUUAUGACGAAAUGUUAAAUAGAUUUUAAUUCUAUGGCGAUUGAAAAAAGUCGAAUUGAUCACUUUGGCCAGCAAAACCCUCCUGGGUUAAAAGAAAAUUAAGGUCGAAGCUUUGAGGUUGGAAACAUAGUUCCUAUAAGGGUUAACAAUGAUUUCACGAUUUAUUUAGUUGUUUUCGUCCGUAUAUUAUGCUGUUUUUAUCAGAAUACUAUUUGUCAGGGAAUAUUGAUAAAAUAUCGAUAUUUCUGCAAUCUUGUCUUUAAAUCUUUGUCAUGAAAGGGUUAAUGGAACUCUGAUAUUACUUGUACUACUGAUUUCGGCGAAAUAUGCUGAAACUUAACAAAAAAUAAAUAAAUUAAAGGAAGAUUUUUUUUAAACAAUUCAAUGAUCUUGCAAUAAGCUCUCCGCUGGAAUUUUUUUUCUUAAUUAUUAAGCAAAUAUUUAAUGUGGUACAAAACAUCAUAAAAACAUGAAAAAUAAUAUUUGCUCACUGGAGAAUUGGUUCGCGCAAUUGAAAAUGGGAAUUCCCAUCAUCGUAUUUUAUGUUUAAACGGUUUGACUUUUAAAAAAUAUCUCUCUUCUAGGAACUCAAAAUGUGACAAAUUCUUCCUAUUUCUUCGCAACAUCUUUUGCCUUUUAGACAAAGUGUUUUCAGUCUUUCAAUAAGACAGAGAGAGAGAGAGAGGCAAAUAAGUGUAAAUUCUACGAAUGCAUACUAAAUCGCAAAUAUACUCGAAAAAAGAAAUAUUAUUUACAUACAACAGACACUAUACAAAUUGAUAAGAAAUCAGUUCUGCUAUGAUGAGUGCUUCACCGCACAAGAUUGCUAUAAAGAGAUCUCCUCUGAUCGCUCAAGCUUCAGUUCGUGUCGAUUUCUCAUCAAACGUGUGCGAAAGGAAAUGCUUUUGUUCUUUCAGUUUGUGCUUUGAAAAGUGAAGAAGUUUAGUUUUCUUUUCCUAAUUAAAAAAAAAUAGUUAAAAUGAAAUUCUUGAUUUUGACAAUUUUGAUCCUUGGAGUGUCCCUCUCAAUGGGACAAAUCCUCGAGAAUGAUCCUCAGGGAAGAGCCUGCGUGCCCAGAAGUACAUUCAUGGACAAGGAGGGUUGCAACAGGUGUACCUGUACGAAUGAUGGCGCACGGUAUGCCUGUACAAAGAAAUUCUGUACCUCAUUAGACAUGCAGGGUGAUGAACCACAGAGAUGCACACCGGGAUCAACGUUCAAAGCUGCCGAUGGUUGCAACACGUGUAGGUGCUCUGAUGACGGAAAGAACUCCAUGUGUACCCUGAUGGCAUGCAUUGGGAAUCCAACAGCUGAAAAUGCUCCACUACCCUACCGCAGGAAGCGUGAUGACUCUGAAUGCGUCCCAAAGUCCACCUUUACGGCUGCUGAUGGUUGCAACACGUGCACAUGCUCUGAGAAUGGAAAAUAUGCCUUCUGCACGCGAAUGGAGUGCCCGCCGAAGCAGGUGGCAACACCCUACCGCCGAAGACGUGAUUUGGGUAACUAAACUGCAUGUGGGUGGUGCAUGCACGCUAACAUGGGCCCCCUUGAAAACUGGAAAUAACGAAGCUACCCGGCGUGAAUUUUUCUCUUUAGAACCUUAAGAAUUUGGAAUAAAGAACAAAUUUUGUCCCUUA